AAGCUCAUAAGAUUUUUAGAAUAUAUGAAAAUCAUAAAAAAUGAUGAAUAUUAUUCAGUAGGACGUUGUAAACUUAUAAAUUACUGGCUAUAUUAUGAAGUAAGACAAAUAUUAGCUUCUGAAACUCGAGAUAUUUAUAAUAAAACUAUUCGUGAUCUACAUGAAGCAUGGAAUUAUUAUAAUACUAAUGGUAGCCACAUAGCAGAACAAUACAAAUGCAAACCGGAAUCGGUUAUUCCUGCUAUGAAUGAUAUUGAAUAUAAUAAUAAAAAGAAUAUUCAUGAACAUUGUUUAAAUUACUACGAAAUCAGUAAAAAAACAGAUAAUAACGAUGAAUGUCAUAAAUAUAGAAUUUACAUUCAAGGUUUAAACUUGCCAUACACAAGUUUUGAUAGUUUAUUUUCUGAAGAUAAAAAUAAUUAUCAAUCUUAUUAUAAUAAAUGUAGAACUUAUAAUCCAAUAAAUAUUCCUGAUGGUUCAACCUGCCCCCAAGUUGUUGUAAUGGAUACUCCUCGUUCAGAAGAACAUCCGUCUUUAUCUGCAAAGGGUAGACAAGUAGAACUAAACGUAGGAACAGGUGGACAUACAUAUAUGGAAAGAGCACAACAAAAUUUAGCUACAGACAUAGAAGUACGAACUAUAGGUGUGCAUUCACAGAUGGAUAAACCAAAAUAUGAUGAUCGUACUCCUACUGAACCUCAUGUUUCUAAUCCUAUUGUUAUGUCAGCCGGUUUAUCACUUCUUGGAAUAGCAUCUGUUUCUACCAUUUUAUACAAGGUACGCAAAAAUUUGAUUUUACAUAAUUAA